CCCCCACUCUCCUUUCAUUCCCUCCGUCUCUCCUCUGGAAACCUGCUACGAUGCGCUUCAGCGUCCUGGCCACGCUCGGCCUCGCCGCCGCUGCGGCUGCCUCGCCGGCGCCGCGCAUGGAGCACCGCCGUGCGCCCGCGCCCGAGCCGCUGCUCGGCAACCUCGAGAACAGCGCCAACGUGCUCGGCGCCGCCAUGACGAACCUCGCCGGCGCCGCGCUGCGCCUGGCGCAGGUGCCGCUGUCGCAGGCCAAGGCCACGGCCGACAACGUGCGCGCCGCGUUCGGCGGCGACCCCAAGCUGCCGCAGGGCUCCUUCAACCUGCCCAGCAUCGACUCGUCCAACGGCGGCUAUGUCGGCGGCCUCGUCGGCGGCGUGCUCACGUCCUUCGGCGACGGCCCGACGGUGAAGCUGCAGCAGGGCAGCUACACGGGCCUGCGCUCCAGCCCGCUCUUCCAGCAGGAGUGGUUCUUCGGCGUGCCCUUUGCGCAGGCGCCGCUCGGCAACCUGCGCUUCCGUGCGCCGCAGAAGCUCGCCGCCGGCUCGGCGUCGCACAACGCCACGGCCGUGCCGCCGGCGUGCCCGCAGCCGAACAACUACAUCCUGCACUUCAACGACGGCGACCCGGUCAACUACCGCAGCGAGGACUGCCUCAACCUCAACAUCUACUCGCCCCUCGGCGCGAGCAACCGCCAGCUCGGCAAGCUGCCCGUGCUCUUCUGGCUCUUCGGCGGCGGCGAGAUCGGCGGCAGUGCCAACUCGUACAACUCCACCGCCCUCGUGCUGCAGAGCAUCCUGCAGGGCCAGCCGAUCAUCGUCGUCACGCCGCAGUACCGCGGCAACUCGUUUGGCUUCCUCGCGGGCAAGCGUGUCAGCGCCGGCGAGGGCGGCGCCGUCGUCAACGCCGGCCUGCACGAUGUCACCGCGGCGCUCGAGUGGACGCGCGACAACAUCGCCGCCUUCGGCGGCGACCCAGACAAGAUCACCCUCGGCGGCCACUCGUCCGGCGCGAUGAACGUCGGCGCCCAGAUGCUCAAGGACGGCCGCGAGGGCGGCAAGCCCAUCUACCGCAGCGCCAUCAUGCUCUCGGGCACCGGCUCGUCGCUGCCCGCGCCGCCGUCGGACAGCGACUUUGCCGAGGAGAACUACCAGCGCAUCGCCGGCGCCGCCGGCUGCGGCUCGAGCCCGACGAUUGACUGCCUGCGCGGCGUCGACGCCAUCAAGCUCGGCGAGCUGGCCUUCUACCCGUCCAACACGCCCGACCCGUCGCUCUACUGGGUGCAGGGCCCCAAGUACUACGCCGGCAACCAGCCGUUCCAGGUGACGCAGGACGGCGUGUACCAGCCGCGCGGCGGCGCCUCGGCGGCCAUCCGCGCCGGCAAGUGGCCCGACGUGCCGCUCUUCAUCGGCAACGCGCGCGACGAGGGCACCAUCUUCGUGUCGCGCGUCAUGGACGCCGCCGGCAUCCACAACAACGUCAAGACGAUCGGCUUCACGGACCCCAACCAGGCCGGCGUCGACGCGCUCGUCGACCGCAUCCUCGAUGCAUACAAGGACGUGCCGCGCGAGGGCGCGCCCUACUGGCCCGGCUACUCGAGCCCCAACUCGCGCCUCGGCGCCGGCAACCAGUACGAGCGCCUCGCCUCGAUCCUCGGCGACUUUGCCUUCCAGAGCAAGCGCCGUGCGCUCCUCGACCUCUACACGGGCCGCAACGGCCUGCGCGGCCUCAGCUCGCCCGUCUGGUCGUACCAGUUCAACGAGACGUACGCCGCGCCCGACGUCAACAACCAGGUCGGCGCGACGCACGGCGCGGACCCGCCGUUCUGGUUCGGCGCCUACAACUUCGUGCCGGCGCGCCUCGCCGCCAUGUCGGCCGGCACGCAGGCGAGCAAGAGCCUGGCGGCCUUCGUCAGCACGUCGAACCCCAACGCGCUCGGCAACCUCUUCUGGCCGCGCUACACGGCCGCCAGCCCGCGCCAGAUGAACUUCCAGGGCCUGUCGAACAUCAUCGGCGACGACUUCCGCCCGCAGAUGAGCAUCUUCGCCGAGCCCGACGCGGCGCGGAUGGCGCGCGUCUAGGACGCUCGUCGCGUGCCUCGCCCUGCUGCAUCUCCCUCUCCCUUCGCCUUCUCUCUCCCCAGGCGCCGCCCUGUCUUUGGGCUCGCUCUUUUCCCCGUCUGCCGUCACUCUUUGGCCCUCUUGUAAUACCUGCUCUCGCCGCGCUCGCCAGACGCGCGCCCUCUGCUCGCUGGCGGCCUACUCACACAGCACACACGCGACCACACAUACUCAGACACACAGCCACGCCUGGCUGCCCCGUUCCAUCACUGGAAUCGAUUGAUGGC